UAUAAAAAUGCCGGCCUUAUUAAAAAUAUUUAACAGAAAUGGAAUGUUUUUUAAAUUGUCCAGAUUUAAUAGAAAUUAUGGCAAACAAGCUAAAGUGAUGGGUACAAAAGUAACUGUUUGUGGUGCUGCAGGUGCAGUGGGACAACCCCUUGCCCUUCUAUUAAAACAAUCCCCUUUAAUAGACAACUUAUGUUUGUAUGAUAUUGGUGGGAUAAACGGUUUUGCUUAUGAACUGGGAUACAUUGAUACCAUUGGCAAAGUUUCUGCUGCCAAAGGAGAAGAAAAUUUAGGAGAUGCUCUUUACGGUUCAAACAUAGUAGUAAUUUGUGCUUCACGUAAAGGGCCUGCCGAUCUAACAUCGAAUACUUUCCAAGAAAAUGCAAAAAUUGUGGCAAAUCUUUGCGAAAGUAUCGCAAAAUAUUCUCCUAUGGCUCUGAUCUUAAUAAUUACAAAUCCCGUAAAUAGUUUGGUUCCUCUGGCAUAUAACGUUCUUAAAUGUAAGGGCAUCGAUAGUAAAACAAGAUUAUUCGGCUUGGCUACAUUAAAUAAUGUAAGAACAAACACUUUCGUAGCAGAAGCAUUAGGUAUCGAACCUGAAUGUGUAAUGACACCAGUUGUUGGAGGGGUUUCCGAUAAAACUGUGGUACCCGUUUUAUCAAGUUCAAGCCCUUGCAACGAAUUUACCGAGGAACAAAUGCAAACAAUUACCAGAAAGGUGAAAUCGGCAUCCCAAGAUACUAUGGGAGCAACUCCGGCCCUUUCUUGUGCCUUUGCAGCAGCACGUUUUGUUACUAAUUUAACAAGAGGUCUUCACGGAAGAGAACAAAUAGUAGCUUGCUCAUAUGUUAAAUCAGACAUUUGUCCAAUGGUGGACUACCUAACUACACCGAUAAGUUUAGGGAUUCAGGGAAUAUCGAAAAAUUUGGGACUGCCAGAUAUGACGGAGUACGAAAGCUGUCUAUUAGAUCAAGCCAUUCCUUAUUUAGUUGAAGAUAUAAACAAGGGGGUUGCUUAUUACGCAUCUCCACCUCCAGAUGACGACUGCUCAAAUAUUUUACGACAAAGAAAGGGAUGCCCAGCCAAAGAAAAUAUCUGUCCUAAUCGUUAGAAUUACAUAAUAUCGACUGUACCACUUAUUACGUCCGAAUGAAGUAAUUUUUAAUAAAAAUAAAAAAUGAGA